AUGAAGCUCGAAAAGGGUCCCGAACCGCUUGAUGCACAGGCCUUGGCCCGGCUUGGGAAGAAACAAGUACUCAAACGUCGAUUCGGUUUCGUGUCAAUCGUCGGUUUCGCCAUGGCUGAGCUGAUUACUUGGGAAACUGUUCUCACCAUGUUCUAUCAAGCAUUCGACAACGGUGGCCCCGCAGGUGCUUUUUAUGGCUACGUCAUCGCCUGUCUUUCCACUCUGUCGGUGUAUACAGUCAUCGCAGAACUGGCAUCUAUGGCUCCAAUCGCAGGCGGGCAGUACUAUUGGGUGUACAUGCUGGCCCCGCUGCGAUGGAAGAAGAUGUCCAGUUAUCUAAUCGGCUGGCUCAAUUGUAUGGCAUGGAUCGCGACAAUCGCAACCGAGACAAUAUUUCUCGGAACAAUGAUCGAAGGCCUGAUUGCCUUGAACAACCCUGAUUUUGCACAACAGCGGUGGCAGAACACUCUGUUGGCCUGGGCUAGUGUGGCGGGCACCUUCUUCAUCAAUGUCGUCGUGCCAAACAUCCUUCCUAGGUUCGAGAUCUUCAUCUUGGUGCUGCACUUGGCUGGCUUCAUAGCCAUCACAGCAACACUUCUCGCCAUGUCGCCAAAGAAAUCGGCAGCCUUCGUCUUCCGCACGUCGUUGAAUGAAGGAGGUUGGCCCACACAAGGCCUGUCGUACUGCGUGGGCUUCAUCGGAAACAUCGCGACCUUUGCUGGAGCUGAUGCAAGUGUACACAUGGCCGAAGAGGUAACCAACGCCGCCGUCGUCAUUCCUCGCGCAAUAAUCACUGGCAUGUCCGUCAACAGCAUCCUCGGAUUGUCCAUGAUGCUCACAGUUUUGUUCUGUCUGGGAGACGUCAAUGUUCCUGAAAGUACAGGAUUUCCCUUCAUUCAGAUCUUCUACAAUAGUACGGCAUCUUACACAGGCGCGUCCAUCAUGACGGCCAUCAUCAUGGUCCUGACCGGGGCCUGCUCCACCGGUAUCACCACUACGGCGUCUCGAAUGACCUGGUCCUUUGCGCGCGACCAGGGCCUGCCAUUCUCCCGCUUCCUAAAACAGGUGAACAAUAGCACGAAAGUCCCUAUCAUAUCGGUCACCGUAGUCUGUGGAUUUGCCUGCAUCCUAACCCUCAUUUACAUCGGCUCCGACACUGCAUUUAACGAUGUCAUCUCCCUGGUUGUGACUGGUUUCUAUAGCACCUACUUCCUCCCAAGCGCGUUCCUCCUUUACCACAGGAUCCAAGGCCACGUCAUGCCUCACGGAACCAUGCUCGAUGGCCUUCCCGAUGCAGCUGCCAGCGGCACUUCUAGUACUGAGGAAAAACAGACCGAUCCCAAGCGCCCCCAGAGCCAUGUUGAUGAGACCCUCCAGACGUCAAGACAAUCCUCUAGCCCAGAAUCAGAAUGCGACAAUCCUCAGCCUAUCACGCUCCAGAGGGAGUUUCAGAUCUCCCAGGCUCCUCUAAUUUGGGGACCGUGGAAAGUUCCUGGCGCCCUUGGAACUAUUAACAACGCCUAUGCCUGCAUUUAUAUGUUAUUCGUCCUCUUCUGGAGUGUGUGGCCCCCUGAAACACCUGUGGAUUAUACGACCAUGAAUUACAGUAUUGUUGUCACCGGUGGUGUGCUGAUUCUGAGCGGUCUCUGGUAUCUUCUUCGGGCAAGGAAGGAAUAUGACGGUCCGCUCAUAGAUGAAGAGAUUGCUGAAAUUAUGCACCUCACUCCAGGGGCAAUUCCUGGGACAGUUCCCGUGAUAAUUCCAUCCGUCUAG